GGGGAGGUUUGAGCGACACUGAGCUCGGGGCUCGCUGGCGGUGGUGGCCCCGGGGGUGGCGAAGGGAAGGCAACACUCGCUCCGCGCUGUCUUCGUGCAGAGCGACCGGGAGGGCUUUGCAGUGGCUGCCGCCGCCGCGGCGGGAGGAGGGGGCUGAGGUGGCUUCGGAGUUGGCCGGAGAAGGGGGGCAUUUCUCGCUUUUCCUUCCCCCUCCCCUUCCCCCUCCCUCCUGCCCCGCACCCCACGUGAAGCGGAAUAUAAAGGGGGGUGUGAGACUAGAGGGGAAAGUGAAUGGCGAAGGACUGAAGGGGUCCCCCCUUUGGGUCCCCGGCCGCUCUGUUCACCCUCGUUCACCCUCCCUUCCCGAAGCUCGCCCUCGAAGGCAGGAACGGCCGGCGCCUUCGGCUGAGGAGGAGGAGAAGGAGGAAUCGCGCCGGGCGGAGCGUCAGGUCCGGUUUUCCUCCCCGGCGUCUCGAAUACAAAGAUUACGGUGCAGAAGGAAAUUGCACUCGCCUCCUCCGCCCCCCGGUACCUAACACAAUGCACCAGCCGCCUGAGUCCGCCGCCGGCGCGGCCGCCGCCGCAGACAUUAGUGCUAGGAAGAUGGCGCACCCGGCAAUGCUCCCUCGAAGGGGCAGCGGUAGUGGCAGCGCCUCUGCUCUCAGUGCAGCAGGUACCGGCGUUGGUAGUAAUGCCACAUCUUCCGAGGAUUUUCCGCCUCCGUCGCUGCUCCAGCCACCGCCUCCUGCAGCAUCUUCUACGUCGGGACCACAGCCUCCGCCUCCACAAAGCCUGAACCUCCUUUCGCAGGCUCAGCUGCAGGCACAGCCUCUUGCACCAGGCGGGACUCAAAUGAAAAAGAAAAGUGGCUUCCAAAUAACUAGCGUUACUCCAGCUCAGAUCUCUGCCAGUAUCAGCUCUAACAACAGUAUAGCAGAGGACACGGAGAGUUAUGAUGAUCUGGAUGAAUCUCAUACGGAAGAUCUCUCUUCUUCUGAGAUCCUUGAUGUGUCACUUUCCAGGGCCACUGACUUAGGGGAGCCUGAACGUAGCUCCUCAGAAGAGACUCUGAAUAACUUCCAGGAAGCCGAGACACCUGGGGCAGUCUCUCCCAACCAGCCUCAUCUUCCUCAGCCUCAUUUGCCUCACCUUCCACAACAGAACGUUGUGAUUAAUGGGAAUGCUCAUCCACACCAUCUCCAUCACCACCAUCACAUUCAUCAUGGGCACCACCUUCAACAUGGGCACCACCAUCCAUCUCAUGCUGCUGUGGCCAGUGCAUCCAUUCCUGGAGGGCCACCCUCAAGCCCAGUAUCCAGAAAACUCUCUACAGCUGGAAGCUCUGACAGUGUUUUACCAGUUGCACCAACUUCUGCUGUAUCAUCCAGUGGCUCACCUGCAUCUGUAAUGACUAAUAUCCGUCCUCCAAGUACUAUAGGCGGUAUAAGUAUAAGUUCUGUUACUGGCACUAAUACAGUGAAUAAUGUUAACAUUGCUGCUGUGGGUAGUUUUAAUCCUAACGUGACAAGCAGUGUACUUGGCAAUGCUAAUAUAAGUACAAGCAAUAUUCCUAGUGCUGCUAGUGUGAGUGUUGGGCCUGGAGUUACCAGUGGUGGUAAUGUGAAUAUCUUGAGUGGCAUGGGCAAUGGUACUACUUCUUCCUCCACUUUUGUUAACAAUGUCCCUAAUGCAGCUACAGGGAUGACUGUGGGAUCUGUUUCGAGUCAGCAGCAACAGCCAACAGUUAAUACAUCGAGGUUCAGAGUCGUGAAGUUAGAUUCUAGUUCUGAGCCCUUUAAAAAAGGUAGAUGGACUUGCACCGAGUUCUAUGAAAAAGAAAAUGCUGUACCUGCUACAGAAGGUGUGGUGAUAAAUAAAGUGGUAGAGACUGUAAAACAAAACCCAAUAGAAGUGACUUCUGAGAGGGAGAGCACUAGUGGGAGUUCAGUGAGCAGUAGUGUCAGCACACUGAGUCACUACACAGAGAGUGUGGGAAGUGGAGAGAUGGGAGCCCCUGCUGUGGUGGUGCAGCAGCAGCAGCAGCAACCAGCUCUUCAAGGUGUGACCCUCCAGCAGAUGGAUUUCGGUAGCACUGGUCCACAGAGUGUUCCAGCAGUUAGUAUACCACAGAGUAUUUCUCAGUCACAGAUCUCACAAGUACAAUUACAGUCUCAAGAACUGAGCUAUCAGCAAAAGCAAGGUCUUCAACCAGUACCUCUGCAAGCCACUAUCAGUGCUGCAACUGCUAUCCAGCCAUCGCCUGUAAAUGUGGUUGGUGUCACUUCAGCUUUAGGUCAGCAGCCUUCCAUCUCCAGUUUGGCUCAACCCCAACUGCCAUAUUCUCAGACGGCUCCUCCAGUGCAAACUCCCCUUCCAGGGGCACCAUCCCAACAGUUACAGUAUGGACAGCCGCAACCAAUGGUUUCUACACAGAUGGCCCCAGGCCAUGGUAAAUCCGUGACUCAAAAUCCUCCUUCAGAGUAUGUACAACAGCAGCCAAUUCUUCAAACAGUAAUGUCCUCUGGACAGCCCAGUUCUGCAGGAGUGGGAGCAGGAGCAACAGUGAUUCCUGUGGCUCAGCCACAGGGUAUCCAGCUGCCAGUGCAGCCCACAGCAGUCCCAGCACAACCUGCAGGGGCAUCUGGCCAGCCUGUUGGCCAGGCUCAGACAGCAGUGUCUGCUGUACCUACUGGCAGUCAAAUUGCAAAUAUUGGUCAGCAAGCAAACAUACCUACUGCAGUGCAGCAGCCCUCUACCCAAGUUCCACCUUCAGUUAUUCAGCAAGGUGCUCCUCCAUCUUCACAAGUAGUUCCACCUGCUCAAACUGGGAUUAUUCAUCAGGGAGUUCAAACUAGCGCUUCAAGCCUUCCUCAACAAUUGGUUAUUGCACCCCAAAGUACCUUGUUAACUGUGCCUCCCCAGCCACAAGGAGUAGAGCCAGUACCUCAAGGAGUUGUUUCACAGCAGUUGCCAGCAGUUAGUCCUUUGCCCUCUGCUAGUAGUAUUUCUGUUACAAGUCAGGUUAGUUCAACUGGUCCUGGAAUGCCUUCUGCCUCAACAAACUUGGUUCCACCACAGAAUAUAGCACAAACCCCUGCUACCCAAAAUGGUAAUUUGGUUCAAAGUGUUAGUCAGCCUCCCUUGUUAGCAAGUAAUAUAAAUUUGCCUUUGGCACAACAGAUACCACUAAGUUCUGCUCACUUCUCUGCACAAUCAUUAGCUCAGGCAAUUGGAAGCCAAAUUGAAGAUGCCAGGCGCCCAGUGGAGCCCUCCUUAGUUUGCUUACCUCAGACUAUCAGUGGUGACAGUGGGGGAAUGUCAGCAGUUUCAGAUGGGAGUAGCAGCAGCCUAGCAGCCUCUGCUUCUCUUUUCCCGUUGAAGGUGCUACCGCUGACGACACCCCUGGUGGAUGGCGAGGAUGAGAGUGCUUCUCUCCUACCAGAGGUGCAAGGAGUGAUCCUAGAACCACAGAUACAGCCAAGACCACGGAGAGCUUUUGACGUCAGGGGUCCACUUUCUCCACUGAACCCUUGGAGGCAGAAUAUCCAGCUUCUGGAGAGAGUGGGAAAGGAUAAUAAACAAGUAUCUUGAUAAUGGGAGACCGGUUUAUUUGUUCUCUAAUUGCCCAGAUUUCUUUCAACUGGUAAAACAUCAUACUUCUUCAGCAAAAGGAAUUCUUCUAGCAGAGCCUUCAUGGAUGAUAUCUCUCACACAUGCCAGCACCUGCAGUUUGGAAGGCAGUGGUGAAUGGAUCCAUGCAAUAUGUCUAGAAGACACAAGGAUGAGCGAGCCACCUGAUCUUGUCAUUUAUAAACUUUAAGAUUUACUCUGGUUUAUUCUUGGUCUGAAAAUGGAAAGGCUCAAAUAAUGAAAUAAUUUUUUCAGAUUGGAAUUUUACAUGGCCAUGAAAAUAUUCCUUUCUAUUCAGAAGACUGAAAUAGAGGAAGCUUGAGAGACUCCUUUCUUUAAAAGUGGCUCUCUGUAUCUAUUUCACUUAAAAGAUUUGUGAGAUUGAACAUCGCCUUAAUGAAGUAGGCAGACUUUUUUUUUUAUCUAAAGUAGUAUAGGAAGUCCAAAACACUUAAUGAAAUAGUUUUUUUGUUGCCUGACACUGAAAGGAACUAGUACAUAAAGGGUGAACUUUUUAAUAAUUCCAAAAUUACUUUUCAAUAUUAUCAUAUACUCUUUUAGCUCAUCUUUGCUUGUCUUUAGGCUUAUUAUUUGUCAAAUCAAUAAAGAUUCUAGUAGAGAAGUAGAGGAGACAUCUUUCGAGAUCAAAGUAGCUUUGUCUGUCUUCUAAAGUAAUAAAUACUUAGUAAACUUGAAGUAUUUUCUGCACUGAGGGCAUACUAAAGUUUGAAUGAUACUGUCUGUCAUAAAGCAGUUUAUAGAGCAAAGGCAGUUAGUAUUAGAGUAAUCCUGUAAGUGUGAAUAAGUAUUGCAGAAUAGUUAUCCAAGCUAUCAAUUAAUUGAUAGAAGUAGUUAUCAAAAUGUUUCUAUUUCUCUCUCUAGUAUCUAUUAACUGGUCAGUCAAAAUCUAUUAAAGAAAUUUUUAAAGUCGUCUGAUACUGCCAGUUUUUUUCCUUUGGUGUAAAUUUUAAAAAUCAAAAUCAUAGAUUUAUUGUUAUGGAAGCAACUAAAAUGUUUUAGGAAUCUCAAAGAUUUUAGAAGCCACAUUUGCUAGAAUGUGGCCUUUAGUCUUUCUUGGUUAUCUAUGAGUACUGUGUUUUUCCUCAUUAAUUAUAAAUAAAUUUUUGUUAGUACUUAAGUAAGUUUAAAAGAUCAAUUUGAACUAAAAUUUCCCCAGAGAGCUCUGAAUUCCAAAAAAUGAUACAGCUUUUUAUUCCUGACUUAUUUUUAUUAAAUGUUAAUAAGACAGUUGGUUUAUAAACACAUAUAAAUUAAAAAACAACUAUUCAACAUUAUAGAAAGAACUCAGGGAACUGAAAGUGAAAUUCGCUCAGAAAUUAAGUUAGUUGAGUUCUUUCAAUCACAGUACAAACCAGUUUAUGGCCUGUGAGAUUAUUAGCUUUUUGUUUCAGUUUUGAAGAUGAAGAGUGAUUUAAUCUCUUAAUCUUAUGCUUUGAUUAAAUUUUAACUCUGUUCCUUAAAGUGUACAAAAGAAAUAUAAGUGCAUUUCUAUUCGUCUCAUGCCACUAAACACUAUUUAAGUGAAACUUUUUGUAUACUGAUGUAAAGUGAUUUGUUUAUUUAAACUUUUAUUUUGAUGCCUUUUCCGUUCAGAGUUUUUUUUAUAUUUCUUGUCAUAAUAUGCA